GCAUAAAGGCAGCUGUCGCAAAAGUCGCAAACCCACCCCAACGCCUUCAGGCACACAUCUGUCCGGUGAACGGAGGCUGAGGCGUGGCUGCCCCCUCCCCUGCGUCUGGCCGGGCUGAAGUGCGCCCAGCGCCCUUACGGGGGGAGGGGUGGACGCGGACGCCGCCAUGUUGGCCGCCGCCUGGCUGAGCAGGUGCUCCUGGGGGCUCCUGAAAGGCGCGAGCCGGCCCCUGGGGGGCAGCGGCGCGAGGCCGCUCGCGAGCCGGUCCCGGGCCGUAUUGGCAAACCGGGAAGUGGGCGGGCUCAGCCGCCGCGGCUUCUGCCUCGCGCUGGGCUCCUCCCCGCUGAGCGGCCUCGCGCCGCGGGCGCCCUCCUCCCCCUCCCCCUGCGGCGCGAGGCGGGAGCCGCGGCGGCUGCUGUUGCUGCUGCGCGCGCCCUCCCCGGCCCCGCUCUCCCCGGAGCGGCUCGCGAGCGGCUCCCCGCGCCCCGCCGGCAGGGACAGCCCCCCGCCGAGGCGGCGCAGCGACGGCAAGGCCGGCCCGCGGGGGGAUGCGGCGCGGAGGGGCCGAGGAGCCGCCAGCGGGUACUCGGAGCUGUAUGAAAACCCAUGGACAAUCCCAAAUAUACUUUCUCUGGCAAGAAUUGGUUUGGCUCCAGUUUUGGGUUAUUUGAUUGUAGAAGAAAAUUUCAACAUUGCAUUGGGCGUUUUUGCUUUGGCUGGGAUAACAGACUUGUUGGAUGGCUUUAUUGCACGAAACUGGUCCAGUCAGAAAUCUGCUUUGGGAAGUGCCCUUGACCCGCUAGCUGAUAAAAUUCUUAUCAGUGUCCUGUAUGUCAGCCUCACUUGUGCAAGUCUUAUUCCAGUUCCACUGACUACUUUGAUCAUUUUGAGGGACAUAGUGCUAAUUGGUGCUGUUUUUUAUGUGCGAUACAAAACACUAUCCCCACCGAGAACACUUAGUAGAUAUUUCAAUCCCUGUUAUGCCACUGCCCAGUUAAAACCAACUUUCAUCAGCAAGAUGAACACAGCAGUUCAGCUAAUCUUGGUGGCAGCUUCUUUAGCGGCUCCUGUUUUCGAUUACGUAGAUAGCAUAUAUCUACAGACUUUAUGGUGUAUUACAGCUUUCACAACAGCAGCGUCUGCAUACAGUUAUUAUCAUUAUGGUCGGAAAACAGUCCAGGUAAUAAACAACAAAUGAAAUGUUACAGAAAGGACCGUCUCCUGACAUCACUGUUUUCUAUAUUGCAAAGGACAAUAUAACUGGCCUAUGAAUAAGAACUCUUUUUUUCUUUAGGACAGUUGUUUCAAUUCAAACCAUGUCAUCACAAUUGGACUGAUAUGAAGUAAAAAUGAAGUCUGAUCAUGUACUGUAAAUGUAUUGAAUUUUCAAUGUAUUUUUGAAAGUUAUAAAUAAAAAUAUAAUUGUUAAGAAAAA